GACACCUUCCAUUCACUUCACUGUGGCUGACCUCCAUAGUCACGUAAACUUGUACGUCAAUAAUUGGCUGGGUUGAAGGAAGCAGAAUACGUCACCACUGAAGGGGCUGGGCUAUUUUGUGUUCAUUUGGGCUAACAGAAGUUCUAUUCCAAUCGUUGAUUGGUAGAGCAACCCCAUUUGAGCCUAAUAGAUCUUGUUCAGCAUGUAUUUUUGAUAUAGUUUCUGGUCAUUAUUGAGAGCAUCAUUCCAGCUGGAUUUACGAGGCGCGGACAUUUACAAUACGACAUUUUCAGCGUAUAGGUCCCUUACUUACGACAGACAGCAUCUAAGAUCUGAGAAAUUCAUUGGGUCGAGCGAUAUUUAGACGUUAUUCACAAUGCCGCGAGCUCAGGUGAACACUUUUGGACCCGUGGACUACGUGGUGUUUGCUGGGACUUUGGUUGUCUCUGCCAGCAUAGGUAUAUACCAGGCGUUCACCGGCGGUCAUCAGAGAACAACAGAUGAAUUUUUGAUGGCCAACAGAAAGAUGGGGGCAAUACCCGCAGCCAUGUCCUUGCUGGCCAGUUUCAUGUCCGCCAUAACAUUGCUAGGGACGCCGAAAGAGAUGUACGUAUAUGGAACGCAGUACCUGUGGAUAGCCUUUGGCUACUUAUUGGUCAUCCCCGUGGCCGCGCACUUAUUCUUGCCGAUAUUUUUUCGGCUUAAGGUGACAAGCGCUUAUGAGUAUCUCGAGAUGCGUUUCAACAAGGUGGUGCGUGUUGCCGGAUCACUCACUUUCAGCCUGCAGAUGAUUCUGUACAUGGCGAUUGUUUUGUAUGCACCGUCUCUGGCGCUUGAACAAGUCACCGGUCUUAAUCGUUGGAUUGCUGUGUGUUCCGUGGGAAUUGUCUGCAUUUUUUACACGAGUAUAGUAAGUGUUGUUUUCACUUUUAGUUUCAAUAUUCACACCACACACAAGAGUGCCAUACUUAGAACUGCUACAUUAUUCACAAUGCCGCGGGCUCAGGUGAACACUUUUGGACCCGUGGACUACGUGGUGUUUGCUGGGACUUUGGUUGUCUCUGCCAGCAUAGGUAUAUACCAGGCGUUCACCGGCGGUCAUCAGAGAACAACAGAUGAAUUUUUGAUGGCCAACAGAAAGAUGGGGGCAAUACCCGCAGCCAUGUCCUUGCUGGCCAGUUUCAUGUCCGCCAUAACAUUGCUAGGGACUCCGAAAGAGAUGUACGUAUAUGGAACGCAGUACCUGUGGAUAGCCUUUGGCUACUUAUUGGUCAUCCCCGUGGCCGCGCACUUAUUCUUGCCGAUAUUUUUUCGGCUUAAGGUGACAAGCGCUUAUGAGUAUCUCGAGAUGCGUUUCAACAAGGUGGUGCGUGUUGCCGGAUCACUCACUUUCAGCCUGCAGAUGAUUCUGUACAUGGCGAUUGUUUUGUAUGCACCGUCUCUGGCACUUGAACAAGUCACCGGUCUUAAUCGUUGGAUUGCUGUGUGUUCCGUGGGAAUUGUCUGCAUUUUUUACACGAGUAUAGGCGGCAUCAAGGCCGUCAUGUGGACUGACACCUUCCAGAUCUGCAUGAUGUUUGCUGGGCUUCUGGCUGUGCUUAUUCAAGGAUCCCUGGAAUUAGGAGGAUUCCAGAAUGCUUGGAAAAUUAACAUAGACGGGAACAGAAUAAACUUUCUCGAUUUUAACCCAGAUCCCCGUGAGCGGCAUACAGUUUGGACGUGUGUAUUUGGCGGGUUCUUUACCUGGCUGGCUGUGUACGGUGUUAACCAGGCUCAGGUACAGAGAGCUCUAACAGUGGUCGACCUCAGGAGAGCCCAGAUAGCCAUGUGGAUUAACGCACCGGGAUUGAUCGCCAUUCUGAUCAUCAGCGCCAUGUCCGGUAUCCUGAUCUAUGCCCACUACUUUGACUGUGACCCAAUGACAAAUAAAGACAUUUCCAAUCAAGAUCAGCUACUGCCGCUGUUCGUAUUGGACAAGCUAGCCUUCGUGCCUGGUCUGCCUGGCCUCUUCACUGCCUGCCUCUUCAGCGGAGCGCUUAGUACGUUGUCUUCCGGUCUGAACAGCCUGGCCACGGUUUUCACACGUGACUUGUUCCAGGAAUUUUGCUGCAAGAACAUGUCCGACGCCAGAGCGACGCUGUUGUCCAAAAUAAUGUCUGCGGUUUUCGGGUUAAUAAUGAUAGGCUUGACAUUUGUGGCGUCACAGCUUGGAGGUGUACUCCAGGCUGCCCUGGCGCUGUUUGGAAUGAUCGGCGGUCCACUUUUGGGUGUAUUUACCCUGGGGGUCUUGUUUCCAUGGGCCAAUUGGAAGGGCGCAAUUAGUGGGCUGUUGACUGGCCUUAUACUCACCUUUUGGAUUGGCAUUGGCGCCCAGAUUUACAAACCGGUGGUGUGGACGGCCCCCGUGUCUGUGGCCGGUUGUUACCCAGUGAACAGCAGUCUGGUCAACCUUACAACCACUGCUGCGUCCAUGUCCAGCUCGGUCAGCGACAUGACCACUAUGAUGACCACAACCAUGCCUGCUUAUGAGCCCCCGCUGAACGGCCUGUACAACUUGUCGUACCUGUGGUACAGUGGCUUUGGAGUACUGGUGGUUGUGAUGGUUGGAAUGCUGGUCAGUGCUAUCACAGGAUUCACUGACACGACCAUGUUAGACUACAGGCUGAUAUGUCCAAUAUUUGAUAUCAUGUUUUGCUGCUUUCCAAAGUCCUGCCUGAGAGCUCUCCGCUGUGGAGUGGGCCAUGAUUUGGUCAGUGUAUGGUUGAAUAACAAAGUAUUAAUCUUAUCACAGAAGGCUGAAUAUAUAUNCCUGGGGGUCUUGUUUCCAUGGGCCAAUUGGAAGGGCGCAAUUAGUGGGCUGUUGACUGGCCUUAUACUCACCUUUUGGAUUGGCAUUGGCGCCCAGAUUUACAAACCGGUGGUGUGGACGGCCCCCGUGUCUGUGGCCGGUUGUUACCCAGUGAACAGCAGUCUGGUCAACCUUACAACCACUGCUGCGUCCAUGUCCAGCUCGGUCAGCGACAUGACCACUAUGAUGACCACAACCAUGCCUGCUUAUGAGCCCCCGCUGAACGGCCUGUACAACUUGUCGUACCUGUGGUACAGUGGCUUUGGAGUACUGGUGGUUGUGGUGGUUGGAAUGCUGGUCAGUGCUAUCACAGGAUUCACUGACACGACCAUGUUAGACUACAGGCUGAUAUGUCCAAUAUUUGAUAUCAUGUUUUGCUGCUUUCCAAAGUCCUGCCUGAGAGCUCUCCGCUGUGGAGUGGGCCAUGAUUUGGAAAAGUUGCACUACUGCUGUCUUUGUAAAGACGUGGACAAAGAGGACUUCCAUCCAGAUCCCAUUACGUCAUUCGGAGUCCCAGAGGAGGAACACAAACAUCACAAUGGUAUUGAUAAUCCUGCUGUGGAAAAGGAGACCGAGGAAUAUGGCACGGGCAAUAAAAAUGGCCACGUCUAUGACUUAGAGCACCAGCAAAAUGGAAAUGUAGACGGAGUACAACUGAAGCAGUUUACCCGAUUGUAAAUAUUGCGACAUCCCCCUGUUAAUAGGAUGAGUGAACGAAAAGUAUAUCUCUAAUGAAUGGCCGUUUUGUAAAUAUAUGUUAAAGCUUUCUUUAAAAGUUUAUGAUCAUAUUUUAUGAUUUAUUUUUUAUUCUUAAAUUUGUCUGUUUUAUCUAAUUAUCUGCUUAUAGAGUGUGCAAAACGCGAUAAACACACGAUACGUUUAAGGUGCACAGUCCUUACCGAAACUGCAUGCCUUCUUAAACAUCUUAAAUCGUAUAUUCAAUACUUACAGCCUUGGAACAGGUAUGUUCGUUUUAUCAAUAGCCGAUAAAAACGUCAUUCAUCUAUACACAAGCAAGAAGCACAUGGUCCUUUAAUCUCUUCUCGUUAAUCUAAGCAUUAACUUUUGAUAUAUCUCGUAAAACAAGAUUUAACAUUAAUCGGAGACAGGACAAAACAAAACUGUAGAGCAGUGUUACAGUAUCAUAUUCAAGUGUUUUUAGUAUAGUUUUUAGUAUACACAUGUUCCCAAGUGUGAUGUAAGGUGGAAUGCAUGUACCUCGAAAUCUAAAGUAUGGUAUUUAAGUAGAGUUUUGACAAUUUUGCAGCUUAUGUGAACGUAACGCUCUGUGCUGCCAGACUCUGUUAUGUGAGUUUGAUAAAAAAAAAAAGCGUGCUUGUUUUAAUACAACGUAUUCUGUGAGCUUCCAUAUAUGUGUUGAAUAUUAUAUAAUUAUCUAUAUCGAUGAAAGUGCUUUGAAAUAUAUAUUUUAAUAA